CCAAAAUCCCAAACACACCCACACCCGGCUCCCUCCCACCGACCGCCCAAAAAUUUGAAAUCGUUUCGCUUCCUCUUCUCCGAUCCCCCGACGCCCGCGAUGGCCGAUCCGCCGCCGGUGCUCACGCUGCUGGUGGAGAAGGGCCCCCGCAAGGGGCAGACCCUUCAGCGACUAGACGGCGACGUGCUCCGCGUCGGCCGCGUCGUCAAGGGCAAUGACCUCGCCGUGGGCGACGCGGGCGCGUCGCAGCGCCACCUCGACCUCGUGUUCCUCCCGCCUCCCGCGGCCCGGUGGGCCAUCACCGACGUCGGCUCCUCCAACGGGACCCUCCUCAACGGCGCGCCCCUCGUGCCCACCGUCCCCGCCCCGCUCUCCCACGGGGACCGCAUCAAGAUCGGGGAGAACACCGUGCUCGCCGUCUCCAUCGCCGCCACUAGGCGCUCCGCGCGCCAGGAAGCUGCGGCUGUGGUCGAAGAGAACAAGGCCCCGGCGGCCACGUGCCAGGGCAGACGGAAGAAGGACGCGGUGGCGGCGGACCCGCCCGAAGCGGAGAAGGUGGAAGUGGUGACGCGCCGCAGCAGGCGGAAGAAGGCCGUGGAGACGGAGGAAGAGGAGGAUGAGGAUGCAGCGGUGUUGACACGCCGCGGCCGGCAGAAGAAGGCUGCGUUGUCGGCCGCCCUUCCGCCACAGCCGCAAAAGACGAAGUCGGAGAGAGCUGCUGCAAGGAGAGGUGACGCAGUGGGGACUGGACAGGAUGAGGGGGAGGGGGAGAGGGUCGGGAGGGGCCGAAGAGGAACGGUUAGCAGGGCAAGUGCAAGGAAUGCUAAGGAUAAUGCUCUUGAAGAGGACGACAAGGAGAAGGAGGAAGAAGGGGAGGUGGCUGCGCCCAGAGAGCAGAGGCGGAACCCACCGCGGGUGAUAGCAGCCAAGGGCGGUGAGCAGGAGAAGGAUAAGGUGGAAACAGGGGAUGGAACUUCGAAUGCGUCAGAGGAGGUGGCGGUUGCUUGCAGAGGACGGGCAGAUAGGACCAGAAGAGGCCGAGGAAGGGUUACAAGGGCAAGCACAAGGAAAGCUAAGGAUGCCGUUAUUGAAGUGGACAACGAAAAGGAGGAAGAUGUGGGGGAUGUCGCUGCUGCCAGAGAAUGCAGGGGGGAUCCACUGAGGGUGACAGCAGCGAAGGGCGGCGGUGAGGAGGAGGAUAAGGUGGCAACCGGGGAUGGAGAGGUAGAUGAAACCUCGAAGGCAUCAGUGGACGAUGAGGUGGUGGUGGAGGAGGAGAAGGAUGCACUGUUGGCUCGGAGAGGGAAGACACGGAGAGCACCAAAGGGGAGGGCCACUGCUCAGCAUGCUGCUGCUGACAACGGUGGUGAGGAAGAGGAGGGAAAGGAUUCUGGCAAGGGAAAAGUGAAUGGCAUUGAUCAGGAAUUGGGGGAAAGGAUGGUGCCAGAAUCGAAGUUGAAUGGCGUCGGAGAAGAGGAUGAGGAUGGCAAGAGGGAAGUGAUUGGUGGCAGUGCGGAGGAAGGGGGCGAUAGGAAUGUGGAGGGGCGCACUGGGAGAAGCAGCGUGGAGAAGAUGACAUUGAGGGAGUGGUUUGUUCGGAUUGAGAAGUACCUUCUAGCGAAGAACCAUGAGGCUGCUGAAAAGGCAAUAGCUGAAGUGCGCGAAAAAAAUCGGCGUUUUUGCGAGUAUGCUUUAACGCUAAAGUAGAUUAUGAUCUUUCUUGAGACUCGGUAUGUUCAGCUCUAAAGAAAACACUUUCCUUUUAUUCCUUAUGUUCUUCAAGUUAAAUUUCAUUGUGAAGUGAGAGAUUCCAGUGGUAUGUUCAGCUCUAAGGAUAAUGUGUUUUUUUAUAAGCAUAGAAAAUGUGACUGAAUCUUUCAUGGUUA